AUGCGCGCGUGGGUGGGCCAGGCGGGAGCUGCGCGCGGUAGUGGAGCUGGGAACGGCCCAAGCGGUGGUGCGGCGGCUGGUGGAGACCUGGGCGCGCGAGGAGAGCUGCAGGUUGGUCAACGUGGAGCGAGUGCGUUCGUGGAGGCGAUUGCGGCGGCAGCGCGUGGUGGGGGCGUGGCGCGGUGCGGUGGUUGGGCCUUGUGGGCGUGGGUGUCGCGCGAGGCCAGCGGAGGCGUGGGGGUGGCGGGCCCGGAGGCCAGCGGGCGAACUUGGGGUGGGCCAGGCGUUGGUGGCGGGCCGCACGGCCGGGACGGGCUGCCUGCUGCUGGCGGCGGCCUUGGGCCUCGAGCGGAUGCGCGCGGCAGCGAUUUUGAGCGGAGAUGGUGCUGCGGCUGGUGGUGGCGCUGGCGUGGAGGUGCGCUCGAGGCGGUUCUGCAUGCGCGUGGUGUUGUAGCGAUGCUGGCGAGCGGGCGGACAGGCCUGGGGCGAGCUGGGAUGCGCAGCGAGGAAGAUGACCAAAACGUGGCCAGCGGAAGUUCCGGUGCCUGA